AUGGUUUUAGUUCAAGAUUUGUUGCACCCAACUCCUGCUUCCGAGGCUAGAAAGCACAAGUUGAAGACUUUGGUCCAGUCGCCAAGAUCAUACUUCUUGGACGUCAAGUGCCCAGGCUGCUUGAACAUCACCACUGUAUUCUCGCAUGCACAGACGGCGGUGACCUGCGAGUCGUGCUCGACCGUGUUGUGCACUCCAACUGGUGGUAAGGCCAAGCUAUCUGAGGGUACCUCCUUCAGAAGAAAAUAG